AUGCGCCUACUCCAAGCUGGUCCAGUUUUACGCUCCGUCACCACAGCUCGAAGCUAUGCGACCAGCUUACCAAAGAACCGGCUGGGCACGACCCUAAGCCUGGACCAUUUCCUCCUACGCUCACGCGCACUAUCCCUCUACCGCACCAUCCUCCGGAGUACAAACCGAAUCAGCGACUCUACAACCCGCGAUGAAACACGCAACUUUGCGCGCGCCGAGUUCGAACGACAUCGCGACGUCACGGAUAUAACCCAUAUACGGUAUUUAUUAUCCACGGGGAAGACGGAAUGGGAGAGUAUGGAGAGGUAUAUUGGUGGGAUAUAA